AUGGCCUCGACUCCCACCCUCAACUUGUUCCACAUCUACGCUGUGGACAAGCCGGACUCCCAGCGCAUGAAGCAUGCGGCGAAGCACCUGGAGCAGAACGCACCCCAUUUCCAGAGCGGAAUCAUACGGCUCGGCGGUGGACUCUUGCCCGCCGACGUCAAGUCUACCGAUGCCGACGCCGCGACGAAGAUGACCGGCUCGUUCAUUAUCGCCCAGGCCGAGAGCAUCGACGCCAUCUGGGCCCUGAUCAAGAAGGACAUCUUCUACACCUCCGGCGAAGUGUGGGACCUGGAGAAGGUCUUCGUCACCCCGGUGUUCAUUCCCCUCAAGGAGGCCAAGUUCGAUUAA